CCGGCCGCGCGGCCGCCGGCUCCGGACGGGAAGGUCUGGGCGCUGCACCGAUGGAAGAGGAGGAGCUCCCUCACUCUGACUUCACAUAGACGGGUGUCUGCUAGCUCCUGUGCCUUCCCUGGUUUGCAAUUUGCACUGGCCCUUGUGGCUGGACCUCCAAGUGGCCACUCUCGCUGGGCCUGCAGGUCUGAGCUGGUGGAAGACCUCUCAGGACAAGCCAGGGCCCGCUGCCCAGCCCAGUGCCCUGGGACCUGCCCUGGGGACAGGCCGUGUCAGCAGAGGGCGGCCCGACCCACGUGGGCAUCACGGCCCACCAUGAAGACACUCCUUGGCAUGCUCUGGGUGGUGCUGGCCUGCGGCUCUGUCCACACCACUUUGUCAAAGUCAGACGCCAAGAAGGCCGCCUCCAAGACAUUGGUGGAGAAGACCCAGCUCUCAGACAAGCCGGCGCAGGAGCGGGGCCUGGCAGUGACAGCCGCCCGGGCCGAGGACGUGGUCCUGGAGCACCGCAGCUACUGCGCAGCCCGGGCCCGCGAGAGGCGCUUCGCAGGAGAUGUCCUGGGCUACGUGACCCCGUGGAACAGCCACGGCUACGACGUCGCCAAGGUCUUCGGGGCCAAGUUCACGCGCAUCUCGCCCGUCUGGCUGCAGCUGAAGAGACGCGGCCGCGAACUGUUCGAGGUCACGGGCCUGCACGACGUGGACCCAGGGUGGAUCCGAGCCCUCCGGAAGCAGAACGGGGGUCUCCGCAUCGUCCCGCGGCUGCUGUUUGAGGACUGGACCCACGAGGACUUCCGGAGCGUGCUGGACAGCGAGGAUGAGAUCGAGGAGCUCGGCAAGACACUGGUCCAGGUGGCCAAGAGCCAGCACCUGGACGGCUUCGUGGUGGAGGUCUGGAGCCAGCUGCUGGGCCAGAAGCACAUGGGCCUUGUCCACAUGCUCACCCACCUGGCCGAGGCUCUGCACCAGGCCCGGCUGCUGGCCAUCCUGGUCAUCCCGCCGGCCAUCACCCCAGGGACUCACCAGCCCGGCCUGUUCACGCGCGAGGACUUCGGGCGGCUGGCGCCCGCACUGGACGGCUUCAGCCUCAUGACCUAUGACUACUCCACCGCGCAGCAGCCCGGCCCCAACGCCCCACUGUCCUGGGUUCGCGCCUGCGUCCAGGUCCUGGAUCCUGAGGCCAGGUGGCGAAGCAAGAUCCUUCUGGGCCUCAAUCUCUACGGCAUGGACUAUGCAGCCUCCAGGGAUGGCCGCGAGCCAGUGGUGGGGCCCAGGUACAUCCAGAUGCUGAAGGAGCACAGACCCCGGCUGGUGUGGGACAGCCAGGCCGCCGAGCACGUCUUCGAGUACAAGAAGAGCCGAGGCGGGAGGCACGUGGUUUUCUACCCAACCUUGAAGUCUGUGCAGCUGCGGCUGGAGCUGGCCAGGGAGCUGGGCGUCGGGCUGUCCCUGUGGGAGCUGGGCCAGGGCCUGGACUACUUCUAUGACCUGCUCUAGCCGCGGCUGCGGCCGGCGGAAUACAGGCUGCUGUCUCUGCAUCGUCUGCUGUGUCCUUGGCGGUGGGCAGGCGUGGGUGCUGCUGAGAGCCAGCCCGGGCUGAGCCCAGGGCCAGGUUGGACCCUGUGGGGUGCAGUGCAGCCCUGCUCCCCAUGGCCACCUGGGGGCACCGGGGCAGCCUGGCUGCGGGCAGCUCGCUGCUCACUGGGAUGCGCAGGAGCUCCACGGCUCCCCUGAAUAUUUGGGGUCCUGGGGCACGGUCACGGCUCCUCCCCUGUGGGGCAGGGACCACGACAGCCUUGGUUGUGCUCAGGAGAGGGGCCCUGCAGCACUGGCCCUUGGCCAGAAGCCUCAGAGAAGGGCCUGGAGGCACACGCUGGCCUAGCAGGGUGCACCCUUGGGAGCCCUGUCUCUGCCAGCACCUCCCCCACCAGUGAGACCCUCAGCCCCUGCUCCCACACUGUCUGCCUCAGCCCCCAGCUCUGGGGCAGAAGCUCAGAGCCAGGAUGGUCUCAGGUUGCACGCAUCCGUCUCUCCAGCCAGGCCAGGUGCUGAGGGCCUGAGGCCUCAUGGUGUGCGGGCGGGUCAUGGCAGUGGGGGGUGGAGAGCGGGUGCCGCCGCAGGGAGAGCUGGGAACUAGAGCAGAUGCUCCUCACGAGUGAGAAGCCCCCAGCCCCCUCCGGGCUGGGAGCUGGUUUGAUGCAGUGACCGUCUCUCCCUGAGCCCAGACAGCCCAGUUUAUUUGCAAAAUCCAUACACGGGAGGCGGGCAAAGUCCCAGACAAACAGGAAUAAAAAGUGUGGGCGACACUGGGGCGAGCUGGCUGGAUGGGGGAGCCAGGAUGGGGGUAGAGAGGUAUG